CACACAUGUCUUUCUCUGUACAACCUCACUCCAGCCCAGGGUAAACUCUUAGUCUGGAGGCUGGCGACUAACCAUGAGAACCAGCCAGAUUGUUAAGUAUUCACUGUUUGUGUCCUGCUAUAUUUUUUGGGUGGCUAGUGGUCUUAUGAUUGCUGUUGGACUUUAUGCUAAACUAUGUAAAGAGACAGGUGUUGUGGACACCCUAGCAACAGAUCCAGCCAUAAUAUUAAUUGUGGUGGGAAUGCUGAUGUUUGCCAUUACCUUUCUCGGCUGUAUGGGAGCACUGAGGGAUUUGCAUAUAUUGCUAAAAAUUUUUGCUGCAAUGCUUCUCCUGGUCUUAAUCCUUCAAUUUGUUGCAGCUGUUCUUUGCUUUUUAUUCUCAGGAAUGGUUUUAGAAAAAGCUUCCAAUGUAAUGUCCAAGGCAAUCAUCCGUUAUCGGGAAGAUGCAGAUUUGGAAAACUUUAUUGACUAUAUCCAGAAAAGGUUUGAAUGCUGUGGGGUGAAUAGCUACACAGACUGGUCUUUGAACAUAUACUUCUACUGUGUAGACACCAACCCAAGUCUGGAAAAAUGUGGGGUGCCAUACUCUUGCUGCAUCAGGGAAGAAGGGCAGACUGUCAUAAAUACAAUGUGUGGAUAUGGGACACAGAAUCUCAAGAGAUGGCAUGUGGAACAUCAAAUCUUUGUGGAUGGGUGUCUAAAUAAGAUUGUGAGCUGGGGUAGAGGAAACCUGCUGUUCUUGGGAGGUAUUGCAAUGGGACUCAUCGUUCUGGAGAUUCUGGUGACCUGUCUGGCUUUUGUCCAGAUCUACCAGAUCAAUUUCAUAAUGGAAAGAAAGAAAAGCAUGGCAAUAGAUAUAUCAAGUGGAAAGAUGCAGGGAAACAGAGAAGAGUUUGUUCAACAGUUGGAGCAGAUGUAGGUGGACUGUGAAUAUCCAGGGUAGCACGGUUAUCAAGAACUUUUCAGUCAGGACCUACUUUGGAAGGGAACCAUGUAACUAUUUAAAAACAAGAUGUCUUUGUUUAAC